AUGAACGGUAUACAUAAGCCUACCGGCAACGGUACGACACAUAGGAUUCGAGAACAGCUGAACUUUAAGGACAAUAAAAAGUGGAAGCAGUUUUCGAGCAGACGGUUGGAGUUAAUUGACAAAUUCGGGCUGAGUGAGCGGAAGGCUAGUGAACAGGAUGAUAAUAUCCGACAGAUUGCCACUAUUCUGAGGACAGAGUUCGGCUACCCUGUCAGCAGUGCAGCUGAGUUUGAGAAAUUGGUCACUGCUGCCGUCCAAUCAGUGAGGAGGAAUAGGAAGAGGUGCACAAAGACCCGGAGUGGAGGAGCAAGCAAAAGGCAUGGUGGGAACAUUUCUAGCGGUGGUUUAUCUAGCGGUUCUGAUAUGGAAGACAAUUUUUCGAGAAUUUCCUCUCCAAUCCUCACUAGUAAUAACUCUGUGACUUCUACUGCGUCUAGUAGCUUCCAACCUAUACAGUCAAUGUCAACGCUUCCUGUUCUUCAGCCGAAACCCGUCAGAAUUGCUGCAGCCAGAUCCAUGAAGUUGGAACAAUAUACCUCAACAAACGGAGGUAAUAUGACUGUGAAAACUAUUCAUAAACUCAUAAACUAUAACGAAUUGCUCUCCAAUGUGCUUUCUGAUCUUGUACAUAACCAAAUUCCAUUGAAAGAUCAAUCUACAAAUGACAAUAACUCGGAGCUUGCAGAGCUUGCUGUGUUCACUCAACAGAGCAAUCUAUUGUCACUUGCAUUAGCCUCUUCUAAAGAUACCAACAACAGCAACAGCUCCACAUCUUCAGAACAAGAUCAGCAAAAUCAGCGACAUGGUCCAGAGUUUUCUAACAAUGAGACCAUUCAAUACUUCUUGAGAGAGAAGAUCCUGGUUCAUAUUCAAAAAUCCAAAACGUGUACGGAACUCUCAAUGAACAGCCAACUGCCCGAACACUCUAUGAAUUUGUGCAUGCUUGGUGACUCAUGCAUUAGGGCAGCUCUUUCAUUUGUUAUAGAGAGAUUUUUUUCUAAUCUGGAUUCUUCUUCGGUAGAGUACAUUUUCAGCAACUUAACUUCCCUCCAACAAUUGGCAAGCAUUAGUACGAAGCUUUUUGCCUCUUCUACUUCGACUAACAUGAAUAUAUUACCACUGGAGAGCAAACUAACAUUAUUACAAUUGGUCAUUGGUAGCAUUGUUAAAGAUUUUGGCUUCGACCCUUGUAUUUACCCAUUAGGCGAGAUCUUUCACGAUACCAUCCUAAGACAAUAUCCGUUAGCUUGUAAUGCAUCUUCGUCAUCAGAGAAGACCGCAAUUUUAACCACUGUUUCGAUGAAACCUCAGCUAGCAAACCAAGAUAUUAAUCGUAAAGUGUUAUUAAAAUUCCAAGAAAAGGAGCAAAGGUUCACAUUCCCAUUGCUAUCUAACGGUCCGCCAACGAUUUCCGAAAUUUUAGAGAAUUCGCGCCAUCUGUUCCAAAUAUCUUCUAAUUCUGGGAGGUUAGCACUGUAUCACAAAGGCCAUAUUAUUAAAGAUGAUACGAAAUUAGCUACUAUAUUGAACCAAUUCACAUCUGAAGAAACUGUUGUUGAGCUUCGUGAAGUAUCCGACUUGCAGGAGAAAUCAGGCAAUUCGUUUAUUGAUGAUUCAACUUACAAUGGCCUUACAAUUCUAAGUAACGUGUCCACCACUGCGGCAACCACUAAUUCCCAGCAAAGCCCAACAACGAGAGCUACUUCUUCCCCUCUGGUCUCUAACUACACACACACUAAUACUGCAAGUGUUGCAGCCUUGGACAGCAUCAUAAGUAGGAUCUCUUCUCCCGUCGCUAUGAAAACGCAAUCCACAAAUGGCGAGAUCAACGCACCCCCAACUAUACGGAAUAGAUCUCCACAACAAAUUGGUAUGCAUUCAAAGAGUCCAUUCGAUAAGGGUCUUCCACAACCUGUUUUCCAGCCGUUACUAUAA